GGACCUUAUGGGAUGCUGGGAAUCGAACCUGGGUCAGCCACGUGCAAGGCAAAUGCCCUACCAGCUGUGCUAUCACUCCAACCCCUCACCUGUUUCUUUUUGGCUUUGUGGGUCACACAUGGCAGUGCUCGGGGUCUACUCCAGGAGCCGUGCUCAAGGAAGCAUGCAAGAUCAAACAUGAAGCUCCUAUAUACAAGGCCAGAGCUCAGCCACUGAGCCCCAUGGCAGGACCAAACACUGCUGUCUCUGGCUGUGGCAGGUGUAACUGCAACCAGUCAGUGCCCAGCCUGGCCUCAGCUCCUGUGGGAACUGGGCUCCUCCAAGUCAUCACCACCGCUGCCCCCUGCUACUUUCAAGACCUGGAACAUGGGAACCCCUGGGAAUGCAGUCUUUCUUCGACACUUAGAAUCAGGAUGGGAGAGAGCUAGCUCCCCAGGAGGUGAGAGGAGGAAAGCUUUCUUCCCUCAAAGCCUUGAGAGUUCCCGGGCACAGCCAAUGAGCCCCAGCCUUGCCCUCAACCAGCUCUGGCAGAGAUCCAGGGCCUCUUGGCAGCUUCAGGGAGGGGGGUGUGGCAGCUACCAGUGGGUGGAGGGAGGGCAGGAGGCUGAGUUCUGGGAACCUCUUCCGAGACCCUGAGCCCUGUUCCCUGCCCAGGAAGAUGCAGAGCGUCUCCUGACCCCUGUCUGAGGAGAACUACGGCUCACCCCAGGGCCCUCCAGGCCGGGCAAGUGCAGGUCACUGGAUGGCUUAGAGAAAGGCCGGGAAUGGGGAUGUGGGCCCAGCCGGAGCUGCCCUCAGCCAAUCAGAGGCCUGCCCAGCCCCAAUCAGAGGCCUGCCCAGCCGGUGGAUUCAGUUACAAGCCGGAGAUCACCCCAUACUCCAGCCUUUUUCCUACUCCUCCCAAAGCUCCAUUCAUUGGCCCUGCUGGCCGCUUCGGAUCUCCUGGGCAUCACUUCCGGGUAGCUGCUGAGCCAUUGGCUGCCUGCGGGCCACCAGGAGUGGGCAUUCUGUGGGCAGUUUGUCUGGGCUGGGCUGACAAGGAUGGGGCUUCUGGUGGUGCUGUCGGGGGUGCUGAGCUACCUGGGGAUGGCUCUGGGGGGCUCCACUGCCCUGCUUUGGAGCAGCACUUCCUGCCACUUGGCCAGGCCCACCCCUGGGAAUCCUCUGGGGUCUUUGAGCUUCCUGGGCAAAGAUGCCCGGAGACUGGCACUCUUCCACGCCCGCUGGGAUACGCAUGGGAGGCUGCGGGCCUGUGGCCGGCAGGAUGACCCGGAGCUCACCGCAGCCUUCGGAGCCCUCUGUGCUGGUGAGAUCACCCGGGACUCUUUCAUCCACACCCCUGGGCCCGAGCUGCAGAGGGUGCUGACCACUGUCCAGACUCAGUGGGAGGCCUGCCAAGGGCAUGAAGAGAGGUUGGCAGGGGCCAGGGAGAAGAGAGAAGCAGAGCGGAGCAGAGCCCGGGGAGCUGGGCACCAGCGGGCGAAGAGAGGCUGGACUGUGCCUGGCACGCUGUGGUGUGGAGUCGGGGACUCCGCUGGGAACUCCUCAGAGCUGGGGGUCUUCCAGGGCCCCGAUCUCUGCUGCCGGGAACACGACCGCUGCCCACAGACCAUCUCUCCCUUCCAGUACAACUAUGGCAUCCGAAACUACCGGUUCCACACCGUCUCCCACUGCGACUGUGAUGCCAGGUUCCGGCAGUGCCUGCGCGACCAGCGGGACUCCAUCUCUGACGUCGUGGGCGUGGCCUUCUUCAAUGUGCUGGAGAUCCCGUGCUUCGUGCUGCAGGAGCAGGAGGCCUGCGUGGCGUGGUACUGGUGGGGCGGGUGUCGAAAGUAUGGCUCCAUUCCCCUCGCCCGCCUCCAGCCUAGGACCCGCUACAAUGCAUCCUGGAGUUUCCGGGGCCCCCCUGAGGCUCCCAGCCCCCAGAGUCCAGUCCUCACUAAGCCUGCACAGAAGCAGCCACUAGAGCAGAAAGGCUCCCAGCACCGUGGCAGACCCAACGCUAUGACCCGCAGGGCCCUCCCGGUACCCCCAGCCCGGGCAGAGUUCACCCAUGCAGCCCUCCAGGGGCUACAGACUGGCUUCAAACCUCAGGGUGCCCACCAGGCCUGCCGUGGCUUCCGCCACUUGGACCAGUGUGAGGCCCAGAUCGCACCCCGGGAGACCAAGUUCCAGCUGCUCAACCUUGCCCCGGAGCCUCUCUUCCACUGCAACUGCACGCGCCGGCUGGCACGGUCCCUAAUGCUCCACAGCCCCCCCUCAGGGGCACACGUGCUCUGGGAACCGCUGGGCACGACCUGCUUCAAACUGACCCCUGCAUCCAACUGUGCUGAGGGCAAUGGUUGCUCCAGAGACCUCAGGGCCGUGAGAGUGUCAGCCCGGCACUUGAAGCGACUUUGGCUCCAUCGAGUCCAACUUCAAGAUCUGGGCACAGAUGAAACGCCAGAGGGGCCCUCAGAGCACCCUGGGGUGACUCGAUCUUUCUAUGGGCAAUGCUUGCAGCUGAGUCAGGCUGCCCAGAGACCCACUGGGCAGCAGAGAUCCCGGAAUCAGUGACUGUAGUUCCAGCCUUCUGGACGCCAAGACUGGACGCUGGUUGGCCCUGGCCUUACCAAACCCCACAGGUCUCAGCUUCUGCUUUGUAGAAAACUGCAGCGUGGCACGUCUACUGGUGGGCAACCAGGAACCUGGACAGUGGGGAACUGGAGGGACCAGGGCCCCAAUGCUGGACCACGUCUCCUGCUGAGCUGGACCGUCCCCUCUGCUCUGUACACUGAUGGAGUUUUCCAGAGGCUCAUUCUGAUGGGUCUUGUCAGGGAACAGGGUGUCCAGAUGGGAACGUGGGCUGGGGGGCGGGGGGUAAGAUACUGUAACAGCCCCAGAAGUACCAGGAGGAGGGACACAUAUGUCUUUAUUGCAAAAUGAACACGUCUGCUCAGGGAUGCUGCGGCGCCUGCCCGCUGAGGCCUGAGCCAGCAGGUUGGGGGGUGAGGGCUAUCCCAGAAGCUCCUGGGUCUGAAUCCAGAAUGGGGACACUAGAAAGGGGCUUGCUAACUCCCCUCCUCCCCAGGCACCCCU